AUGGUGAGAGAUAGGCUACUAUUCGGAGUAAGGUCGGACAAAAUCCGUGACAAACUGAUAAAUGAGGGCUCAAAUCUCACGUUAGAGAAGGCAAUAGACAUUGCACGUACUUACGAGUUAUCACAAGCCCAACUAAAAACAAUGCAUGAACAGGAUCCAAUGAUUGACAUAAUAAAAAGACAGAAAAUAAAUCACUAUACCGGUCAAGCCAAAACAAAACCCACACAAGGACCACGGAAACACUUUAAGCAUCAGAAAUCGUUCACAAGUUGCACAAGAUGUGGUAUGUCUGAGCACGAAAGAGGAGAAACUUGUCCAGCCAUUGGUAGACUCUGCAGAAAAUGUAACAAGCGGGACCACUAUGAGUGUGUGUGUAGAUCGAAAGUGUCUUAUACAUCAAAGCACAAAUUCAAGAAUAAAAGCAACAAAUCUGUACACACCCUUCAGGAGGAGUCAGAUGAUUCAGAUGACACUUUAUUUCUUGGAAUGCUUACCAAAGAUGUUAACAGUACGAAUGCAGACUGGUCAACAAAACUACAACUUUGUGGGACAAUGGUUGAAUUCCAAUUAGAUACAGGAGCAAAGUGCAAUGUGUUGAACAGAAAAACUUUCAAACAGUUAAAACUCUGUGAAGAACUCAAGAAACCAGCAUUUCGUUUGAAAUCUUACUCAGGACAUGUGAUAGAACCAAGUGGUGUUGCGCAACUUGAGCUGACUCACAAAGGAUGCAAAUACACAACUGAUUUCUACAUCAUUGACUUGGACGCACCGAACGUCAUUGGAGCCCAAUCGUGUAAAUCAUUGAAUCUCGUCUAUCGUGUGAAUGUCAUAGAUGAGGACACCCCAGUUUUAAAGACUUUAUCUGAUAUUUUCCCAGGAAGUGAUUAUGAAGAUUUCGAGGACUGGGUUGCCUGCCAGAAACUCAUUCAAUCAAAAUUGAUUCAAGUGUACAACCUGUUGUUCACCCGCCAAGAAAAAUUCCCAUUUCGUUAUUGGAUAAAGUGCGCGCUGAGCUUGAGUCUAUGGAGGACUCUGGUGUGA